CCCUAAAAUAAUAACAUAUUAUCAAGGAAAGAGGAAAGAAACUCGAACUCCUUUCCGAAGUUAAUUCUUCAUCGGCGAUCCCUAAAUUUCAUUCCAAUUUCAAUUUCAAUUUGAGUUUCUCUGCAAUGUCUUCAUCUUCUUCUUCUCAUCCAACCGACGGUGAAACUGUUUACAUGAGACAGAGUAAAGGAGCUCCGUUUAAGUUUUUGGUUCCACUGAUUUAUGCUCCUGUUCUUCCCCUAAUUCGACUUACGUUGAAGCACAAACCGGUGUUGAGGGAUCGAUUGUUCACUGCAGUUUUGGUUGGGGCCUUUGCUCAUGGAUCUUACUUGGUAUCGGAUCUGUAUGACAGCGAGAGCAAAUGAAGCCGAAGAACAUAUCUGGAUAAAGUGCAGCAGGAUGCGUUGGUAAUAGGAUGACAAAUUUCCAACUUGUAUUACAUUGCAUGCUUCUUCUUAUUCAUUUUUGAUGGACUUAAUUGGUAAUUAGUUUAGAACUGAAUAAGAAUCCAGACACUUUAUGUUACCAAAUUUUGAAGACGAAACUCGAUAUUUGUGGUGAUGAUGUCACCAACGUUGUUUGAUUUGGGCUUGAAAUGUUCUUGUGCAAACGCAUAGUUUGAGGCCAUAGUUCGAGUCAUUUUCUUAUUAAAA